CAAACAUUCACUUUUGCUUUGCGCAUCCUGACUAUCUGCCGUCAUACGCUUGCAUCGUGACCGAUUGAACUGGGCCAACGUUUAUCGCUCGGAGAGAACAUACAACCCCAACGAUGCAGCCAUUAACCCAAGGUUCCGCUGGUAUCAGCAUGCAUCUGUGUGCUAUGUGUACUUGUCAGACGUUUCUGUGUCAGAUAAGGUCGCUAAUGCUGCUGCCGCCGCCCAAAUAACAUGGCAAGAGGCAUUUCGACACAGCCGAUGGUUCACGCGUUGCUGGACGUUGCAAGAAUGGUUGAGUUCUUCUCCAAGGAGUGGAAGCCACUAGGAAGCAGAACAUCGCUAGAGCAGGAAAUCCACAAUAUCACCCAGGUCCCGACUGAGGCAUUACGAGAACGAGCCCUUUCCGAGUUCAGCGUUGAGGAGCGAAUGGGCUGGGUAGCAGGGCGCUCUACACUACAAGAGGAGGAUACUGCAUAUUGUCUAUUAGGAAUUAUGGGUGUAUUCAUGCCGCUAAUAUAUGGAGAAGGCAAGGCGCAUACAUUCAAGAGGCUUGUAGGUGAGUACAAGAGAAGGACAGCCCUUGACUCUUAUACUUCUCCACGGACGCUGUCCGGAGGGUUUAGGGGAUUCUUCAAUAGCGUGUGAAGACGUACCUUCAGCCAAUACGGAAAGUGAACCUCCUGCAGCGAAUGAAA